CCCGUCGCUGUCUUCGUCGGCCGGGGGCGCAGCGGGCGGCGGGCGCGUCGGAGACAAACAAAAAAGUCCUUCAGAUUGGGCGCCGGGGCCGCCGCCCGCACCGCCGCCCGCGCCGACACCACGACCAAUUAUUCCGCGGCCUUUGCUCGCUCCUAUUUUGAUCGCCAGCGCUAAAUAAGGCAAGGCACGCCCUCUGUUUCGCGCGGGGCAUGCCGGGUAAGUGGGGGGGAGGCACGCUUAUCGGGCCCGCUUAAACGACCCGACCCGCCCAGUGGGCUCAGCCUUCUCCAACAGACAACACCGCUAGUAGGAGGUCUUUCUUCUUCGAACCACACAAUGGCGGACAAGGAAAAGAAGAAGAAGAAGAAGUCCACCAAGGAGGAGGCGCCGGCUGAGGCGCCCGCACCCGCCCCUGCCGCCGAGGCCAAGCGCGAGAGCUCCCGCGGCUCCCGCAAGGCCAAGCGCACCGGCAGCAAUGUCUUCUCCAUGUUCUCCCAGAAGCAGGUCGCCGAGUUCAAGGAGGCCUUCCAGCUCAUGGACCAUGACAAGGAUGGCAUCAUCAACAAGAACGAUCUUCGUGCCACCUUUGACAGCUUGGGCCGUCUGGCCUCCGACAAGGAGCUGGACGAGAUGGUGAAUGAGGCCCCCGGCCCCAUUAACUUCACCCAGCUGCUUACCCUCUUCGCCGCCAGGAUGUCUGGAGGUUCUGAUGACGACGAUGUUGUUAUCAACGCCUUCAAGACAUUCGACAACGAUGGCAAGAUCGACAGCGAAAGGCUGCGACACGCCCUCAUGACCUGGGGCGACAAGUUCUCCGGCGACGAGGUCGACGACGCCUACGAACAGAUGGUGAUCGACGACAAGGGCUUCAUCGACACCCAGAAGCUCAUCACCAUGCUGACGGCGAGCGCGGAGGAGGGUGAGGGCGAGGAGGGUGAGGCGGCCUAAGCGGCCCUGCCUUGCUCCCCCCUUGCGGCUCUGGCGCGGGCGCGCCCUUAGCCCCGCAAGGCCCCGCCACCCCAGCACACGUCGGCGCGGCGCGCGAUGGCGCACAACAACUCAUUCACUCAUUCUCUCGCUCUCAUUCAAACUUCCGUUUCGGUUCCUCCGACGCUCGGGUGGCGGCCAAGUUCUGUGGAGCUCACGUCCCCGUAAACCGGACAACCAACACCGCUCCGAGUGUACAGAAUCAGCUCGAUUUGAUUUCAAUGAGCCUUGUCCACCCAACAUCUUUGUAUAAAUGUUGAAAUCAUAAAGAGAUUGAAUAAAGAACUACUGUUUUGUUA